CCCCAUCACCGCUGGGGGGCGCAGCACUGACAGUGAGUGUGACACUGAAGCAGAAGCAGAAAUCUGCAUUAAUUCCUGCUGCCUGCAAAGCGUGAUGUCCACAACAGUGACUGCUAACUGACUACGCUUGUUUUAGUUAUUAAGCGUACUCUUACAGCGUCUGUGCCGUGUCUUUCACAGAAAACAUUGCCAGUGGUGGACGCUUCGCAGAGACGACCUGUCUGUUCCCACCUACCGUAACCCCUACACCAGGAAGAAGUAUUCCCGACUCUCGUAAUGGCAGAGCCGGAGCUUCUGCUGGACUCCAACAUCAGACUCUGGGUAGUUCUGCCCAUUGUCUUCAUCACCUUUCUUGUAGGAGUGAUUCGGCAUUACGUAUCAAUUCUUCUGCAAAGCGAUAAAAAGCUGACGUUAGAGCAAGUUUCUGACAGUCAGGUUCUUAUUCGGAGCAGAAUUCUUAGAGAAAAUGGAAAAUACAUUCCCAAACAGUCCUUUUUGAUGAGGAAGUUCUACUUCAAUAAUCAAGAGGAUGGAUUUUUUAAGAAGACCAAAAGAAAGGUCGUCCCACCGUCUCCCAUGACAGAUCCCAGUAUGCUGACUGACAUGAUGAAGGGGAAUGUAACCAACGUGCUGCCAAUGAUUCUGAUUGGUGGUUGGAUCAACUGGACCUUUUCUGGAUUUGUAACAACUAAGGUUCCCUUCCCCCUGACACUGCGCUUUAAGCCCAUGCUGCAGCAGGGAAUAGAGCUGCUCUCAUUGGAUGCUUCUUGGGUAAGCUCAGCAUCGUGGUAUUUCCUGAAUGUGUUUGGACUUCGAAGCAUGUACUCAUUGAUUUUAGGCCAAGAUAAUGGUGCAGACCAGUCCAGGAUCAUGCAAGAGCAAAUGAGUGGCGCUGCCAUGGCGAUGCCUGCAGACACAAAUAAAGCUUUCAAAGCUGAGUGGGAGGCUCUAGAACUAACUGACCACCAGUGGGCGCUAGAGAGUGUGGAGGAGGAUCUGAUGAGCAGGGAGCUGGACUUGGAUGGCAUGUUCAGCAAGGAGUUGCCCACGCGUUCACGAUACCGGUACACUGGUUGCAUGAUGGCCGAGGGAGGCGGACCCGAGUCGGGUAGUGCGGGAGACUCCGACUCGGAGCCGGUAGCUGCACAAAUGCCUACCCCUUCAACUGAAAGUCAAAAACAAACUAUCGGAUCACUUUUAAAAACAACUCUACGAAAGGGCGACGAAUGGUAUCUCAUAGACAGCCGGUGGUUCAAACAGUGGAAGAAGUAUGUAGGGUUUGACAGCUGGGAUAUGUACAACGUUGGAGAACGAAGCCUCUAUCCAGGACCAAUUGAUAACUCAGGGCUGUUCUCAGACCAAGAGACUCAGGCCCUGAAAGACCACCUUAUAGAUGAGCUGGACUAUGUGCUUGUGCCCACUGAGGCAUGGAAUAAGCUUGUCAGCUGGUACAGCUGCCUUGACGGCCAGAGACCCAUCGUUAGGAAGGUGGUUGAGCAUGGCAUGUUUGUGAAGCACUGUAAGGUUGAAGUCUAUCUGCUGGAGCUCAAUCUAUGUGAGAAUGACAACAUGGAAAAUGCCGUCACACGUCAUUUCAGCAAAGCUGAUACUAUAGAAACUAUAGAGAAGGAGAUGCGAACCCUGUUUAAUAUCCCUUCAGAGAAGGAGACCAGACUCUGGAACAAAUACAUGAGCAACACCUAUGAGCAGCUGAACAAGCCAGAUAGCACUGUACAGGAUGCUGGGCUGUUCCAGGGGCAGGUGCUUGUGAUUGAGCGCAAGAAUGAGGACGGGACGUGGCCCAGACAAGCCUCUCAUCCUAAAUUUGGGAGCUACAACUCGUAUAGCUCCUCCUACAACUACAGAGAGUCACAGUCACAACCUGGAAUGUGUGGUCUGAGUAAUUUGGGCAAUACAUGCUUCAUGAACUCUGCUCUCCAGUGCCUGAGCAAUGCAUCUCCACUCACUGAGUACUUCCUCAAUGACCAGUAUGAGGCAGAGAUUAACCGGGAGAACCCGCUGGGAAUGAGGGGUGAGAUAGCUGAGGCCUAUGCAGAUCUGGUAAAGCAGAUGUGGCUGAGCCGCAGCAGCUACGUGGCACCGCGCACCUUCAAAACCCAGGUUGGGCGUUUUGCUCCCCAGUUCUCAGGCUACCAGCAGCAGGACUCACAGGAGCUGUUGGCCUUUCUGCUGGAUGGGCUCCACGAAGAUCUGAACCGUGUCAAGAAGAAGCCUUAUCUGGCGCUGAGGGAUGCAGAGGGCCGCCCAGAUGAGAUUGUUGCCAAGGAGGCCUGGACAAACCACCGCUUACGCAAUGACUCUAUCAUCGUUGAUAUUUUCCACGGCCUCUUCAAAUCCACGUUGGUGUGUCCAGAGUGCUCCAAGGUGUCGGUAACAUUUGACCCCUUCUGCUACCUCACUCUGCCUCUGCCCAUGAAGAAAGACCGUACCAUGGAGGUCUUCCUGGUACAAUCAGACCCUCAGUCUCGACCCACUCAGUACCGGGUGGUGGUCCCCAAGCUGGGCACAGUGACGGACCUGUGCAGCGCCUUGUCAAAACUCUGCGAAAUCCCUCCAGAAAAUAUGGUGGUCGCAGAUGUUUACAACCAUAGGUUCCAUAAAAUAUAUAGACGGGAUGAUGGCCUCAACCAGAUCAUGGAGAAAGAUGACAUAUUUGUGUAUGAGGUGCAGGAGGAGGACAGCGAGAGGAUGAACCUGCCUGUAUAUUUCAGGGAGCGUCACUCCAAGCAUGUUGGAAGCUCAACAAGCACCUUGCUGUUUGGCCAGCCUUUGCUCAUCACCGUGCCCAGACAAAACCUCACAGCAGAUCUCCUUUAUGACAAAAUCCUGGAGAGGAUCGGACGCUAUGUAAAACACUCUCAGAGCCCGAAUAGUGAAAGCAGGGCGUCAGCCUCUGCCACCUUAUCUAGCUGCAACCAGGCCUCUGAAUGUUCCACAUCAAGUAGUGUCAAUGCCGGCCUGGGUGGCUGCGGCAGCCCUCCGUCAGAUGGGGCCUCCUGCAGUGCCAGCUCCAGCAAUGGCAGCAACCACUCAGGAACAUGCACUGAAGCUAAUGGUUUAUACGAAGGUGAAGAGGAAGCUAUGGACCACCAAGUGAGUCCUGAGCCUGAGAACGGCCUGUCUGAAGAGGAGGAGGACACCUCUGACUUGGAAAACGGCUCCAAAGGAGAGACGGCAAAGCUCUUCACUUUCAGCGUUGUGAACUCCUACGGAACAGCCAACAUCAGCCAGCUGCCUUGUGAUGGAAAUGUCCUCAAACUGAAUCCUCAUUCCACAGUGGCCAUCGACUGGGACACAGAAUCAAAGAAACUGUGUUACGACGAGCAAGAAGCAGAGGCCUACGAGAAGCAUGAAAGCCUGCUGCAGCCUCAAAAAAAGAAGGCCAACGUGGCACUGAGGGAGUGCAUUGAGCUCUUUACGACCAUGGAGACUCUGGGAGAGCACGACCCUUGGUAUUGCCCAACCUGUAAGAAGCACCAGCAGGCCACAAAAAAGUUUGACUUAUGGUCGCUGCCUAGCAUUCUGGUCGUCCACCUAAAGCGUUUCUCCUACAACCGGUGUUGGAGGGACAAGCUGGACACAGUGGUGGACUUUCCCAUCAGGGAUCUGAACAUGUCAGAGUUUGUUUGUGACCCUAAGGCCGGCCCUUACAUCUAUGACCUCAUUGCUGUUUCAAACCACUAUGGAGGCAUGGGAGGAGGUCACUACACUGCUUAUGGCAAGAACAAAGUGGAUGGAAAGUGGUACUACUUUGACGACAGCAGUGUCUCGUCGGCCACAGAGGACCAGAUCGUGACUAAAGCAGCCUACGUGCUGUUCUACCAGCGCAGAGACGAGGAAAGCCCCUCCAAACCUCAGCCAUCGGCCUCGCUGGGAGGAGCCCCCGAGUCAGCCGACGACCACAUGGACACAAACUGAGGAGCCCCAAAACCAAGGGACACAUACUGAGAUGCAUACGGCAAUUAGACACUCGGACGCGCACAUACAAGGCUUCUUUAGUGACAGGGGAUUCCACAGACUUAUUAAUCCUACCUUCCUAUAUUCUAUUUGAUUUCUGUCUGAUAUGUUUUGGCUUGCGCCAACCGACUCGUCAGUGCGAAUUGAGAGACUUCCUCCCUGCAGCGAGCGGCCUGCUGAUUUCUGAUCAUAGUUUACUAGUCUGGAACUAAGGGGAACACAGUAUAAAUAGAUCCUCUCACUGGAUGAACAGAAUGUUAGAAGUGCCCUCAAAUGUGUAGAUAAAUAAAUGUUUCUGUUGCCCACAAGAACAGUCACAAAUAUUUAAAAAAAGGAAAAAAAAAAAGAAAAAAAAAGCCAAAUGCACAUGUUUCAACCAAAGCGUUUCACGGUAUUUAUAAAGAGGGGAAAGCAGAGGUUUGCAGGAUUGUGGCGUCGUGCCUAGAUUUGUCCCUGAUAUUCCCACAGUGCAGAGGUGAAUGCCAACAUAGCAAUCACAUGGAACCAUACAUGAAUCCCAUGACCUUAAUGCCUCUUGUUAAACGGAUCCAUUUCUGAAGGGAUCACGCUGCUUCGGGGUGACUGGGGCAGCUUUGCUCCCAGCCUGCUGGAUCCCUACCACCAUAGAAACCACAGAGGGGGACGUCUCGUUUCAAGGUUUUUAACAUCUGACUUGACAAGUGAAAGCUCAUCAGCCUUGCUCUUAUUUUUUUUUGUUUUUUUUUGCUUGCUUGUUUGUUUUUUAUGCAUAGGGCUCCAAAUGAGCAGAAUCCUACUCUGCUAACAUUGCAAUAUUUUUGUUUUGUUUUUUGGGGUAAUCACAACGGGGGGAAAAGCGGCCUUUGAAUUCCUGCAGCCUGACUAAGAGGAGGCACUUUGAAAUCAACACGAGUACAUAAUCUACCUGCUUCUGGUGUAUCGAGACAUAAUAAAAGUGCGGCGUGGCCCGUCACACUUCCAGAUGAGUUGAUGGUGUCUUCUCCACAUAAUUUGAUUUCUGCCUGAUUGGACUCUUAGCUCACUUACAAAAGCUUGUUCUUACUAGUCCAGUACAUUCGUGCAGCUCUGUACUGAAAUGGCUGUUUGAUAUCUUUAAAGCACAUUGAGUGAAACAAAAUAAACUAGUAUAAAAGUGGUGCUUUAUUUAUGAAACUUGAACUUGCUCCUGAUCAUGAGAAAUAGCCUUUUAAUCAGAUAGGGGCAAGACAGCAGCACCGUGGGGCUGCCAUUUUGAGCCAGAAGUUUUUCUUCCAGGGAUCUGAAAAACCCUAUUCAGCUGUUCUGUAAACUACAUUUAACCUUUUUCUGGCGACAUAAGGGAGUUGUCGAUUUCCUUUUUACUCGAUUUGGUGAGAGAGGGUAUUUCCAAAGUGUUUUAAAGCCAGAAUACUAGAAGUCUUGUCCUAUAGGUUGUGCACUCUUGCAUUAUGGCAUGCUAAUAUGUCGGGUCACGAAAUGGCCCAUCCGCCGGGUCGGCCCUGGAAUGUAAAGAUCAUGACCCAGAUUAAACAUUUUCUGCCUGCGACUGAGAAAGCUUUACAUAAAUUCAAUAAUUAUAGUCUUUGUAGAGGACAUAAUUCAGCCAAAGCAGAAAACUGGCAGUAGUUCUCAAACACAUUAAAGAUGUAAAUAAUCACUAUUUUAAAUAGGUGUUUAAUUCUUGUCCUGUUUAUCCACGCUUUGUUUUUAAUUGAGAAAUAUUUAAAUUCAUAUGACAAUAAAGACUGGAAGCCUAAAUUUAUUUCAUUUUUUU